UGCGGCUUAUUGACCUCAUCCAACACAAAUAGGUAAUGACUGCCUAGAAUUAAAAAAAAUUAAGUGUGUUGUUAUAUUUAAAGCUACUGAAACUUUACUGGAGCAAGAAGUCGCGUUCGCCUGGUGGUCCCUUCACUCUGCCUCACCCAGCAACAUCCGCCAUCCAUGAGUGUGACCAACUCUUCUGCCUACCGAUCGGAGCGGAGUUUCCACCAGACGUCAUCAUCUUCCUCCAGCAAUCCGUACAUGGAGAAAAGUCACGGGAUGUUUGCAGAGGACUUUGGCUCCUUCAUGAGGCCCGGGGGAGACGCCUUGGGCUUUUCCAGUGGAAGUGGGAAGAUCAAAGCACUCGGCGAUUCGUACCAGUUCACAGUGGAUGUCAGAGACUUUUCCCCUGAAGAUGUCAUUGUCACCACGUCCAACCACCAAAUUGAAGUCCGUGCAGAAAAGUUGGCCCAGGAUGGCUCCGUGAUGAACACCUUCACCCACAAGUGUCAGCUACCCGACGAUGUGGACCCUACCACGGUGACAUCAUCGCUGGGCGCCGAGGGGACACUAACAGUCCGGGCGCGGCGACACCCGGCCAAACAUGAGCACACACAGACCUUCCGCACUGAAAUCAAGAUCUAACUUCAUCCCAAACACCAUACUAAAUAUAUAUAUAUAUAUAUAUAUAUAUAUAUAUAUAUAUAUAUAUAUAUAUAUAUAUAUAUAUAUAUAUAUAUAUAUAUAUAUAUAUAUACAUAUGUGUGUGUGUGUGUGUGAGUGUUUAUUUGAAAUAAACCCAUCUCUUCAAUUCCCAUGCACAGCCUUUAACACUCCCAGACUGUGCUGUACCAGAUGAUACUUUCACAUAUUUUGCUCAUUGAUAUUCUGAGGUGGUUAUCUUGAUACACAGCAGCCAUACAGUAGAUGUACACGGCUUGUACGCAAACGACAUUUGAACAAGAACACACACAUACAUGCACACACACCCACACACACACACACACACACAUAAACAACAGGCAUUCAAUCACGUAAUUGUAAUUACAUAUGCACUCAUAUAAAUGGUUUCUCUUUUGUUGUAUUAUUGUAUUGUCAUUUGUGUGAAUAAAAGUCUCAUGCCUCUGAGAUGAA